AAGAACGAGCGCCGGUGGUGCUGUGGUGGUGACGACGCCACGACGGUGGGAAGCCAAGAUUCUCUGGAACUCCGGCGAGCACCGAAAGCACACACACGAGGCCGCGGAACCUUCCGGAACCUUCGCGAGGAUGUUCUCCAAGCUCUUGGCGUCGUUCGUGAACCCGCGCCGGAACCCGCUGGCGCGCCUCCACCGGAACGCCGUCGCCUCCCGCCUCCGCAAAUACGGGCUCCGGUACGACGACCUGUACGACCCGUACCACGACCUGGACAUCAAGGAGGCGCUGGCGCGGCUGCCGCGGGAGGUGGUGGACGCCCGCAACCAGCGCCUGAAGCGGGCCAUGGACCUCUCCAUGAAGCACCAGUACCUCCCCGACGACGUGCAGGCUAUACAGACGCCAUUCAGAAGCUACCUUUCUGACAUGCUUGCUCUUGUGAAAAAGGAGAAAGCAGAGCGUGAGGCUCUGGGAGCACUUCCACUGUACCAGAGAACCAUCCCAUAAGUACGGAGCCAGCCUGCUGAUGGAAAACCCUCCUUCGCCUGGCGCACAAACUUAUCUGGAUGAGUCCUUCACUGUUUAAUACUGGUUCGAUUAAUAAAGAUCUUGUCCAGACAUGGUGUACCGCUUCUCUGUCAAUUUUUUUUAGAAAAGAACUCUUUCAAAAAAAAGACAUGGUGUACCGCUUUGCCUUAUGUUCAAACGUGGCAGCUCUUUAUGCUAAGUGUGCUUUCGGUGACGGUUUGUUACCGUAUAUGAUUCA